UGCGGCCACACACACACACGCACGCACGCACACGCGGAGCCUCUCUUCUGUCCGUUUGGCACUUUUCAGUGUGGAACUUCAUCUCCCGUGUUUGUGUGCACGCGCGUGUCUGCCGCAGCUCGCGAGGUUUUUUUUCUUCUUCUUUUCUUCUGCUUUUAGGAGGAACUUGCCGCACUCGCGAUGGACUGAAGCGUCAAACUCUGCAAAGUGUGGAUACUUGGAACCGGGAGAGUAACGUCAAUCUGUGCAGAGAGGCGCCCGGCGGAGGGGCUUUAACCGGGCACCAUGGACGAGGACGACGCGCGCCAGGAGAACGGCGUCCACGCCACCAAGGACUCGGACCGCCAGCAGCGGCUCCGGCUCUGCGUUUUAAACGAAAUACUCAACACCGAGCGGGAUUACGUGCGCACGCUGCUCUUCCUCCAGUCGGCUUUUUUGCAAAGAAUUCGACAAACUGCAGAAGACCAACAGUGCCUCUCACCCGAGCAUGUGAAGAUUCUGUUUUCAAAUAUUGAGGACAUCCUGGAGUUGCACAAAGAGGUGCUGUCUGCAGUGGAGGCCAGUCUGCAGCCCGAUCCCCAUCCUCAGCACGCACUGGGACACGUGUUCCUGCAGUUUAAGAGGAGUUUCUCCGUGUACGGCGAGUACUGCAGCAACCACGAGAAAGCUCUGCGACUUCUCGUGGAGCUCAACAAAAUCCCAAACAUCCGGACCUUCCUGCUGCACUGCAUGCUGCUCGGAGGGAGGAAGAGCACAGAUGUUCCCCUGGAGGGCUACCUUCUCAGCCCCAUUCAGAGGAUCUGCAAGUACCCUCUGCUGCUGAAGGAGCUUCUGAAGCGCACCCCGAAGAAGCACACCGACUACCCGGCAGUGGAAGAGGCUCUGCAGGCCAUGAAGGCCGUCUGCUCCAACAUCAACGAGACCAAGAGGCAGAUGGAGCAACUGGAGGCUCUGGAGCAGCUGCAGUCGCACAUCGAGGGCUGGGAGGGAACCAACCUGACAGAUAUCUGCACAAAGCUGCUGCUCCAUGGAAAUCUCCUGAAAAUCUCUGCAGGCAAUAUCCAAGAACGCGUCUUCUUCCUGUUUGACAACCUCUUGGUUUACUGCAAAAGGAAGUCCAGAGUUUCUGGAAAGAAGUCCAGCAAGAGGACCAAGUCCAUGAACGGGCCCCUCUAUGUGUUCAGAGGCAGAAUCAACACUGAGGUGAUGGAGGUGGAGAACGUGGAGGACGGAACAGCCGACUAUCACAGCAACAACUACACGGUGACGAACGGCUGGAAGAUCCACAACACCGCUAAAAACAAGUGGUUUGUCUGCAUGACCAAACACGCGGAGGACAAGCAGAAGUGGCUGGACGCCAUCUUGAGGGAACGGGAGCAGAGAGAAUGUCUGAAGCUCGGGAUGGAGCGGGACGCCUACGUGAUGAUUGCAGAGAAGGGGGAGAAGCUCUACCACAUGAUGAUGACCAAGAGCCGGCACCUGAUCAAGGAUCGACGCAGGAAGCUCAGCAUUGUGCCCAAGUGCUUCAUGGGAAAUGAGUUUGUGUCGUGGCUGAUCGACAGCGGAGAGAUCAGCAAUCCUGACGAGGGGGUCAACCUGGGACAAGCCUUGUUGGAAAAUGGCAUCAUUCACCACGUGUCAGACAAGCACCAGUUCAAGAACGAGCAGGUGCUGUACCGAUUCCGCUACGACGACGGCACCUACAAGGCCCGCAGUGAGAUGGAGGACAUCAUGUCCAAGGGCGUCAGGCUGUACUGCCGCCUGCACAGCCUCCACACGCCGGUUAUCAAGGACAGAGACCACCAUCUGAAAACCUUCAAAUCUGUGGUGCCUGCCAGCAAACUGGUCGACUGGCUGCUCUUGCAGGGAGACUGCUCGACCCGAGAGGACGCGGUGACGCUGGGCAUUGGGCUCUGCAACAACGGCUUCAUGCACCACGUCUUGGAGAAGAGCGAGUUCAAAGACGAGUCCCAGUUCUUCCGUUUCUAUGCGGACGAGGAGAUGGAGGGAACCAGCACCAAGAGCAAGCAGCUCCAGCGCAAUGACUUCAAACUCCUCGAAAACAUCUUGGCCAAGUCCCUGGUGAUUCACCCUGAGGAAGAAGACUACGGCUUUGAGAUCGAGGAGAAAAACAAGGCCAUUGUGGUGAAAUCCGUCACCAGGGGUUCACAUGCUGAGAUGGCCGGCCUGCAGGUGGGGAGGAAGAUCUUCACCAUCAACGAGGACCUGCUGUUCCUCAGGCCCUUCUCGGAGGUGGAGACCAUGAUCAGCCAGGCCUUCUGCAUACGACGCUCCCUGAGGCUGCUGGUCGCCACCAAGGCCAAGGAGAUUGUGAAGAUCCCGGACAACCCAGACAGCCUGUCCUUCAGACUCUGUGGCUCCGCCCCUCCGCAUGUCCACGCCGUCAGGAAAGGUUGGGAGGCGGCGGGGUCGGGGCUUCAGCCCGGACAAGUCGUCCUCAAGGUCAACGGCAACAACGUCAACCACAGUGACUACCAAGAGGCCCUGGAGCACUUUGCGGCGCAGCACACGCACCAGGACCCCCCCCAAGCGUGUCACUGGGUGUAUCGUACCUUUGAGGACGUGGAGGAGCUCCAAAGAGAGCGGGGGGCAGACGAGAAGGAGGAGAGCCCUUUCAGUCCGUAUCCAGCGGAGAACGGUUCGGACCCCGAGGGGGAGAACGGCACCAAUGGAACAGACCACCGGCUGGGCAGACUGUCUCUCUGUGAUGAGUUGCCGCUCGUCAGCGUGACGGUCGAUAACGUCCACUUGGAGCACGGCGUCGUAUACGAGUACGUCAGCACUGCUGGCAUCAAGAGCCACGUCCUGGAGAAGAUGGUGGAGCCCAAGGGCUGCUUCAGCCUCACUGCCAAGAUCCUGGAGGCGUUCUCUGGCGACGACAGCCUCUUUGUUCGCAACUGCAGUCAGCUCAUCUCCCAGAGUGACCGAGUCAUUACCAUGCCUCAGUACGAGUUCAGACAAAUCUGCGACAGCAAAUUGGAAAGUAUCCGACGGCGCAUCAGCAGCUACAACCAGUUCGCCCUGGAGCUGAGGAACAAGGCGUGGCCCUCAUUCAGGCAGGCCGGCGUGCGCCCCCACCCGCUGGGCUGCAUGGACUUUGUUCCCACCAACUGCCACGUCAACUUCAUGCAGGUGUCCUACCCCAAGAGCACUACCUCGGCUGGCAGGACCUUCAGCAUCCGCUUUGGGCGCAAGAACUCCCUGUUUGGGAUGGAUCUCGACCAAGCACAACUGAACCCCAUGUCCCACACCCAGCACUGUGUGACCAGUAUGGGCGCUCCCUCUUGGAGCUGCUCCGGCCUGGACGGGGACGAGGAGGAGGAGGAGGAGGAGGGCGGGGAGGUGAGGGUAGACGGAGGCGAUGGGUCGACGGAGAGCCGGCGGGGCGGCCGCGGGGAAGGCGGGUUGAGCUUCCUGCUCAAGCAGGAAGACACGGAGACCCAGGACGCCUACAUUCACUUGUACAGCCGGCUGGACGUCGCUGUGAGGGAGAUGAGGCAGUACGUCGCUCAGAUAGACGUCCUCUUGUCGUCUAUCACCGAGCCCACGCAACUCCAAGGGGAGGGUGGGGAGCCUCCGGCCUACGAGCCGAGUCAGCCCCCCUCUCUGGCCCCCAGCGACGACGCCGUCGACCAGGACAAAGUGGAGCAGGGCGGCAUCAAAAGGGUCUGCUUCAAGGUGAACGAGGAGGACCAGGAGGACUCGGGCCACGACACCAUGAGCUACAGGGACUCCUACAGUGAAUGCAACAGCAACAGAGACUCGGUCCUGUCCUACACCAGUGUGCGAAGUAACAGCUCGUACCUGGGAAGCGACGAGAUGGGAUCAGGGGACGAGCUGCCGUGUGACAUGAGGAUCUCCUCGGACAAGCAGGACAAGCUGCACGGCUGCCUCGAGCACCUUUUCAACCAGGUGGACUCCAUCAACUGCCUACUCAAAGGAGCAGUCAUGUCUAAGGCCUGUGAGGAGACCAAGCACUUUUACUCUGACCACACCCAACCGGAGUUCCGACAAACAGAAGAUUGGACGGUUCGCUGUCGCCACAUCAUCCACAAGAACAUCCAGGAGGACCCUUGGAACCUCCCCAGCUCCAUCAAAACCCUGGUGGAGAGCCUGCAGAGAUUCGUGGACGAUGGAAAGAACCAGCUUCUCCUGGCUCUGCUGAAGUGCACAGACACGUCUCUUCAGCUGCGGCGAGAUGUGAUCUUCUGCCAGGCGGCGACAGGCGCCCUGUGCACGCUGGCGGAGCAGCUGCUGGCGGCGCUACGGUCACGGUUCAACAACGCCGGCGAGUACCAGGAGGACGGCAAGGAGACCAGCCGCAAGUGGCUGGAGCAGAUAUCCGUCAUCGGAGUGCUGCUGCACUUCCAGUCCACACUGGCACCACACCUGAAAGAGGAGCGGACCAUGCUGGAGGACACCAAGGCGGCCCUGUUGGACUUGGACAAAGUCACUGUGUUCUUCAGGCAACUGGAGGAUGAGUGUCUCGUCGCAAACACGCCGGUGUGUUACCAGGUGGAGGGCAGCCGGCAGGCCCUGCGGGUCACUCUGUACCUGGACAGCUGUCACUUCAGCGAGCUGCCCACCCGGCUGCAAAACGGAGGCAGCCUCAAGCUGCAGACCGUCCUCUUCACCAGGGCCCUGGAGCGUCCGGAGGGUGUGUCCCAGCACGACUACGCAGCCAUGGAGGAGUUCCAGCAGCGCACCAACGCCGUCUCUCUGGAGAAGGUGAAGGCCUACUACCGCCGGCUCAGGGCUUUUUAUUUGGAGAAGUCAAAUCUCCCGACAGACUCGAACACCACAGCGAUGAAGAUAGACCAGAUACUGGGCCUUGAAGUUAGAGACCUGCGACCAAGCAUUUCAAAACUCCUUCGACCCCUCAACACCCUGGACGACCUUUGUCGACUGAUGCAGUCAUACGUCAACGUGCGCCCGAGCGCCCAAGGCCACCCGUCGGGUGUCAGCGUGCUGUGCGUGUCGUCGGAGCUGUGUAACCGCCUGGGGGCCUGCCACAUCACCAUGUGUGGCACCGGCAUGCAGAGAUGUUCCCUGAAUGUGACACUGGAGCAGGCGAUGAUCCUCGCCAGGAACCACGGCCUCAUGCCGCGCUGCACCAUGCAGACCAUGGAUAUAAUGCGCAAACAGGGAGCAAGAGUCGAGCUCUCUGCUAAAAAUCUCAAGGUAAUGGACCAGAUGCCUCCAUCAUUCCCAAGGCUCUUCAAACUGUGUUUGCCACCGUCAGAUGGAGAUUUCUAAGAAAACUCGUCACUUCAGAGAAAGGGUGAAUGUGAAAAAGGAAGAUAUGAUGAUGGAUGUCAAUAGCACAGGUCUCGCCGCUUUCUUUUCCAAGAGACGCUUCCCCCCCAUCUCCCACACAACUGCCCUAGUUAUACAGGGACCAUUCCACCAUGGACACCACAAAAGUCCUCAGUGCAACAUGCAGUCUAAACUGGACUGUACGACUGACUAAUGGUAGCUACUAGGGAGCACUUACAGUGAGACUGAUGCAACAUGGAGCUCCAGACUAGUCAUGUGCUGUUUUACUGGGAACUGUGGGGUUUCUUCGUCGGACUUGUCUGUCCACCCAAGGCUGACAAAAAUGUUCACAAAGUGUUUAUAGAAUAGGUGAAAGGGAGAGGCCAGUUUGAGACCGCAUGCAGAAGACACCAACAUUGGUUACGCUCCUAACAGAGCUGUUGCUUUUAACCGGAUUAACCAAACUAGCUGUAGCUGGCUGUCAUCCUAAAGGCAGAUGCUAUCCGUUUCGCCUUGGACUGCAUCGAGAGAGAGAGCUGCCUCUGUCUCUCUGUCUCUGGCUGGUGUUCCCCAGGGCUCAACGUUUGGACCCCUAGUGAAGUAGAGUACUUGUAUUCAUGUAUACAGCCGGCUGAAUUGAUGCAGAAAGUAGGGAUCGAGGGUAAAUAAAAAGACAGAUGAUAAAAUGUGUGUGCGGGGGAGGGGGGAUGGGGGGCACUCUUUCUUUCGCCCUUUGCAUGUGGUUACUGUGCAAUUACUGUAGGUUUAGUGUGAGUACUGUAUUACUGCACUAUAUGAAGGAUAGUUAUUUAUUGUGUCCAGAAGGAGCAUUUUUAUCCCUUACUUCUACUAUAUCAGGUAUUAAAGAAUCUAAAAGCAUUCCAGGCUACGUAUUGAACAGUAUUUAAAGGACCAACGGCAUGCUGUUUCUUUUUUUCUUUUUUUUAAGACCUAACUGCUUGUGUAUUUUAUUUAUGUGUAUCGACUUUUAUCAUGCCAGGAAGUGUUAUUGGGAUCUUCAGGGAGAGCAAGGGAGGGCAGAUAAACAGAAGCUAGCUAAUCAGGACAAAGGAAGCUAAAGCAAACCAUUCGAGGCUGCUUGUCAAUCAGCAGCUAAGUCGACAGGUUGUUAAAUUAUUAAUAUAAUAAUUAUAAUUAUAGUUAUUGAAGGAUUGCCUUCUUAACUACGACAUUAUUUAGAUUCCUUUAAUUGGUUUUUAUGUGUUUUUGAACUGUUCUAUUCACUGGGGGUAUUAAAACAAGCACAAUAUUUGGUCCAUUCAAGUUGUAGUGUUGGCAAAACGUACUGUAAGUGAUGAUGCAAACUAAGGGAUCGUUUCCAGAUUGAAACACAGUAACAUUAUUUUACUGAAGAUUUUAAUUUCUUGUACAUACCGACUGUAAUGUCAGAGGGGAAAAAAAGAUAGGAUAUGUCUCAGUUAUGCUAUAACUUAAAUUGGUUUAUUUUUAUGGACACAGUAUAUUAUAUAAAGCCUUUUGUAUUCAUGCCUGUGCAUUGGCAGAGAAGCGUAUUUGCUGAGAAUAACCUCACUGACACUGACUUUUGUUUUUUGACUCUUAAAAAGAUUUGAGGAGCGUUUCAUGAAUCUGUCUUCACAUGCUGCACUAAUUAGCCUUUGUAAUUUAUUUAAAAGCAACUGGUUCCAAAUGAGCAUGUUGGAGUAGUGUCCCAACAUCUCUCGGCCCUAACAUGGCGACAGUAAUUCUACUUCCCUCUUUUAGCAUAAGAGGCUCUGGAAAUGCGCAUGAUUAUCUCCCUUAUAAAAUGCACUGUUAAUCUCAGCAGUGUGCAUCGUACAAACUCCAAAUUACAGUAUUAGUUACCAUAUUAGUACCAUAAUCAAAUUUUAAGCAUGUGUUGCUAGUUAAAAUAUCUGAUGACUGCAGCGUGUUUGUGUAGCCAGACAGAUAAAUGUCAAUGAUUACACAUUUCUUUACAUUAUUCUAAUGUUUUUUUGUAUAUACCUUAUUUGCAAUUUUAUUUUGCUUGAAAAUAACUGUACAAAGGAUCUUUGUUGAAUCUUUCUAAGAUUAUCAUUGUAAAUGUGAUAACAAGCUGUUAAAUAAAAAUAUUCAUAGUGUGA